CAAGCUCUCAAGAGGCUCAGGAAGACUUAGCGGCUACCCAGCUCAUCCUGGAUGAUGCCAAUGAAAAGCUGGCAGUAGUGGAGGGAGGCAUUGCCACCCUGCAGGCCAAGUACCAAGCCUGUUUGGCAAAGAAGGACGAGCUGGACAAUAAGUUUCAGUUGUGUGGAGCCCGCCUCGUCCGAGCAGACAAGCUUAUAGGUGGUCUUGCAGAUGAGAAGGUGCGUUGGAAGGAAACAGUACAACAUCUGGAUUACAUGGUUAAUAAUUUGGCAGGUGACGUGCUGCUGUCUGCAGGAUAUAUAGCAUACCUGGGACCCUUCACUGGCGAGUACAGGGCAGCCAUGGCAGAGGAGUGGCUUAUUUGUUUCAAAGAGCUAAGUGUCCCGCACACUGAAGAACCAAACCUGAUCAGCACUCUUGGAGAUCCAGUCAAGAUCCGUUCCUGGCAGAUAUCAGGAUUGCCAAAAGACAACCAUUCAGUGGAGAAUGGUGUGAUUACGCAGUAUUCUCUGCGCUGGGCACUCUUCAUUGAUCCUCAGGGACAAGCAAACACAUGGAUCAAAACUAUGGAGCGAGACAAUGGAUUGGAGGCUAUGAAGCUUAGUGACCAGGACUUCCUACGCAGUCUGGAGAAUGCCAUCAGCUUUGGGAAACCCUGCCUCCUGGAGAAUGUAGGAGAGGAGUUGGAUCCAGCCCUAGAACCUGUCUUGUUACAACAGACAUUUAAGCAGCAGGGCAAUACAGUGCUGAAGCUGGGCGACUCAGUCAUCCCUUACCAUGAAGACUUCAAGAUGUACAUUACCACCAAGCUACCUAACCCACACUACACUCCAGAAGUUUCCACCAACGUCACCCUUAUAAACUUCACUCUAUCACCCAGUGGUCUAGAGGACCAGCUGCUGGGUCAGGUUGUGGCUGAGGAACGUCCAGACCUUGAGGAGGCUAAGAACCAGCUGAUUGUCAGCAAUGCUCAGAUGAAACAGGAGCUAAAAGAAAUUGAGGAUGAGAUUCUGUUCCGUCUGAGCUCCACAGAAGGAAACCCUGUGGACAAUGAAGAGCUCAUCCAAGUCUUGGAGGCUUCCAAGAUUAAAGCAGGAGAGAUCAAGGCUAAAGUGAUAGCAGCAGAGCAGACAGAGAAGGACAUUGAUGCCACACGUUUGGAGUAUGUGCCAGUGGCUGUGCGCACACAGAUCCUCUUCUUCUGUGUAUCUGACCUGUCCAAUGUAGACCCAAUGUACCAGUACUCGCUGGAGUGGUUCCUUCGGAUCUUCAUGGCUGGCAUUGCAAACUCUGAAAGAGCAGACACGGUGGAGAAGAGAAUCGAAAACAUCAAUGAAUUUUUCACCUUCAGCCUGUACAGCAACGUGUGCCGCAGCUUGUUUGAGAAGCACAAACUUAUGUUUGCUUUCCUCCUUUGCACUCGCAUCAUGAUGAAUGAUAACAAAAUUAAUAUGGCUGAGUGGCGCUACCUGCUAUCAGGAGGGAUGCCGAUGCAAGAGCUGACUAACCCUGCAGUGAGUUGGCUGUCAGAUCGAGCCUGGCGGGACAUUCUUGGCCUCAGUGCUCUGGACAACUUCAGCAACCUGGCAGAGAGCUUCCCCGAACAUCUUCAGGGUUUCAAGAGAAUUUUUGAUAGCAACCACCCUCACAGGGAGCCCCUGCCAGGCGAGUGGGACACAGAGCUGGACUCAUUCCAGAGGCUGUUGGUCCUCCGCUGUCUGAGGGCUGACUGUCUCGUUCAAGGCCUGCAGGACUAUGUAUCAGCUCAGCUGGGACAACGCUUCAUAGAACCUCAGACUUCAGACCUGGCUGUGGUCUUCAAGGAUUCCUCCCUCUCCACUCCCCUCAUCUUUGUGUUGUCCCCUGGCACUGAUCCUGCAGCUGAUCUUUACAAGUUUGCCGACGUCAUGCAGUUCUCAAAGAAAAUGAGUGCCAUCUCUCUGGGUCAGGGCCAGGGCCCCUGGGCUGAGAUCAUGAUGCACGCUGCAAUGAAACAAGGUCAUUGGGUCUUCUUCCAGAACUGUCACCUGGCUCCCAGCUGGAUGCCCUCCCUGGAGAGACUCAUCGAGAACAUCGACCCAACAAAGGUGCACAAGGACUUCCGCCUGUGGCUCACAAGUCUCCCCAGCAACAAGUUCCCCGUCUCCAUUCUCCAAAAUGGAUCAAAGAUGACCAUCGAGCCUCCAAGGGGAAUCAAGGCCAAUCUGCAGAAAACCUACCUGAGACUCACCAAUGACUUUAUCACCUCUUCAACCAAAGUGACACACUUGAAGUCUUUGCUCCUUUCUCUGUGUCUCUUCCAUGGAAUUUCUCUUGAGAGAAGGAAGUUUGGUCCAUUAGGCUUUAACAUUCCCUACGAGUUCACAGAUGGAGACCUGAAUAUCUGCAUCAGCCAACUCAAAAUGUUCCUGGACGAGUACCAGGACACCCCAUUCAAGGUACUAAGAUACACUGCUGGAGAGAUCAACUAUGGCGGCCGUGUGACAGAUGACUGGGACAGACGAUGUUUGCUCAGUGUGUUGGAGGAUUUCUACUCUCCCAAUGUGCUUGUUGAAGAACACAACUACUCUUCAUCUGGAGUCUACAGGCAGAUUGACACAAAUCUGGAUAUCAAGGGUUACUUGUCAUACAUCCGUGGUUUGCCCAUCAACGAUUCACCGGAGAUCUUUGGUCUCCAUGACAACGCUAACAUCAGUUUUGCCCAGAAUGAGACUUUUGCCCUGCUGGGAACCGUGGUUCGUCUCCAGCCUAGAACGGCCUCUGCUGGGGGAAAAUCUCAUGAGGAGAUAGUGGAGGAGAUAGUGGCAGACAUCGUUGUAAAGAUCCCCCAGCCUUUCAGUGUUCAGGAGGUGAUGGAAAAGUACCCGGUCCUCUAUGAAGAGUCCAUGAACACAGUGCUCAUGCAGGAGGUCAUCAGAUAUAACAAGUUGCUGGAGGUCAUCUUGCAGAGUCUGGGUGAUAUUGUGAAGGCUCUGAAUGGUUUAGUGGUGAUGUCAUCAGAACUGGAGCUUAUGGCCAACAGUCUGUUUAACAACCUGGUGCCUGAUAUGUGGAAAGCUAAGGCCUACCCGUCUCUGAAGCCUUUGGCCUCCUGGGUGUCAGAUCUGCUCCAGAGGAUCAAUUUCCUGCACAGAUGGAUCUAUAAUGGCAUUCCACCUGUCUUCUGGAUUAGUGGCUUCUUUUUCCCCCAGGCUUUUCUCACCGGAACCCUCCAGAAUUAUGCCCGUCGCUCGGGCUUCUCCAUCGACACUAUUGGAUUUGACUUUGAGGUUGUAGAGAAGCCAGUGUCAGAGAUAACAGAGAAACCAAGCUCAGGCUGCUAUAUCCACGGUCUAUUCCUGGAGGGUGCUCGCUGGGAUAAGCAGGAAUGUCAACUCACGGAUUCCAGGCCCAAGGAGCUCUACACAGAAAUGUCGGUCAUCCGGCUCAUCCCGGAACCUAACCGCAAACCUCCACCCACUGGGGUCUACGUGUGCCCCAUCUAUAAGACCCUCACACGUGCUGGGACUCUGUCUACAACCGGUCAUUCAACCAACUAUGUGAUUGCAGUGGAGCUGCCUACAGAUCAGAGUCAGGGACAUUGGAUCAAACGGGGAGUGGCCCUCAUCUGUGCAUUGGACUACUAAACACAAAUACACACAUUUUUCCUUAAACAAGAAAAAACACCUGUGGUGACUGUGUCUUUAUUUUAA